CAGCGGCCAUAUCCGAAAGGGGGCGUGGAGGAAAGGAGGAGCCGGGGGGAAACAUUUCUUUAGUUUUAAUGGCUACGGCUACUUUCCAGAUCUUCUGGCCUCGACUACCUUCGAGUCGUUACUCCAAUAGCCUAAAAUUUCAUGCUUCUCUCGCUUCCCUUUCUCCUUCUUCUUCUUCUUUAAAGCUCUGUUGUUCUACCGCCUUCCUGAAGAAGGGCAACGAACGAUUUCCUCGGCAACCCAUAGCAUCAUCAGAAGGGUUUCCUAGUGAGUUGGUUGAAGAUUCAAAAUUCGUUCCUUUAAAUGCUGAUGAUCCUGUCUAUGGUCCACCUGCUUUAUUGCUAUUGGGAUUUGACGCAGAUGAAAUGGACAUGAUUAAGAACUUUCUAAGAGAGCUAGAUGGUGAGUUUUUAAAGGUUAUUUAUUGUACCGAAGAUAUGAUGAAGCUAUCAGUUUGGGAUGCAAUGCAUAUUGAACAAUGUGAUCUAGAAGAUGUGAAGAUUGCAAAAUCAUUGCCAAGAAUAUGCUUCUUAUCUGGCUUAAGUGGCGAAGAGAUGAUGAUGUUUGUUGAUGCAUUUCCAGAAACUGGACUGAAACCAGCUGUAUUUGCAGCACUUGUACCUAAUAGUGCAGAUAAACUACUUGGAGAUGUGAUUGAAGAGAUCAUGGGGGACCACGAAAUGCUGUCAGGUAAGCAGUCAAGUUAGAUUACGCCAUUAUACAAGAAGAAAAAAUGAUCUGGUCAUAGUAAUGUCUUCGCCGACACAAAGUACUUGGGCCAACCAGUGCAGAGGAAAGAACUGCUUCCAGAAAGACUUUGUCCUGGUUUUGUAGUCCCUGUAAAACCAAAAUAUGAAAUUUGUUCGAGGGCAUAAAGUAUCAUGACGGCCAUCUGUAGCUGCUUCCGAAAUCACUAGAACUGUAUAUUAAUACACUAUUAUAUGAAAUAUACAUACUUAUUUGUUCAUUCGUUAA